UUACCAAGAAGGAUCCCGUUUUCGGUUUUUAUCGCAAGCGAACUCAUCCGCUUUCAUUUUUUACCUUCGAGUCUCCUAGUACCAUAUACGACGAUGCAGCAGCAGCAACAACAGCCGCAAGCAACGACGCAGAACUCCACGCCGCCGCAGCCUUCCUUUGCGGGGUCCACCACGGCGGAAGCACCGCCAAAACAGGUGGCGCAGGCGAUGGAGCGGCUUUCUCAAGCCAGCCGCCUCAUCGCGGACAUUAGGAUUGGCGCCGACCGCCUCCUCGAAGCCCUGUUCGUGGCCGCUCAGCCGCACCAGAGCUCCAAGCCUCUCCAGUUGUUCCUCAACGAGGACGCUUCCAUGCGCCAACACCUCCUCGACCUCCGCUCCGUCGGAAGACAGCUGGAAGAAUCUGGAGUUUUGAACGAGUCUCUGCGAUCGCGGAGCAAUUCUUGGGGAUUACACAUGCCGUUGGUUUGUCCGGAUGGCGCCGUGGUUGCGUAUGCUUGGAAGCGGCAGCUCGCCGGCCAAGCUGGUGCUUCUGCAGUUGACAGGACCAGGCUAGCUCUCAAGGCAUUCACUGAUCAGAAAAGGCGAUUUUUUCCUCACCUUGAUGAUGCAUCAAAUGAUCAGUGUAAUGAAUCAGCUUCGAAGAAGCAACGCAUUUCUCAAGCACCCGCAGCACAUAAUCAAGAAGAUGGUAUAGAUUGCAAAACGCUAUCAGAGGUUUUAGUGCGUAUGGAAAAGGUUCCUCAUUUGAAAGUUUCCAUAUAUGAACGAUUGGAUUGGUUGAAACGAGCAUCUUCACUGCCAGAAAAUGAGAGUUCCAGUGAAACAUUAAAGGAUCAUAGUUAUCAUAGUUCAAGUAAGUUACGAUCAGGUCCGCCUGAUGUUGCACCAGAUAAGGUUGCUGUCAUUGAGUUGCUGUUUCCUUCUACCUUCAGAGCUGUAGUUUCAUUGCAUCCUGCUGGUUCUAUUGACCCAGAUGCAGUGGCAUUUUUUUCUCCAGAUGAGGGAGGCAGCUACAUACAUGCAAGAGGUGUUUCAAUUUAUCAUGUCUAUAAGCAUAUCACGGAACAUGCUGCUACUGCUUUGCAGUAUUUCAUUGGAGUUCGAGCUGAAACAGCUCUACAUUGUCUUUUGCAUUGGAUCUGCAGCUAUCAAACUCUCUUUACAAAAGUUUGCAGCAAGUGUGGACGGCUGCUAGCAAUGGACCGGAAAUCAGCUCAACUGUUACCGCCAGUUUAUCGUCCUUAUCGGCAGUUCACUACAUUGAAUGUGUCAUCAAGUUUGAAUGUUUCCGGGGCUUACCAUGUAGGUUGUUUCUCAGAGGAAUUGUGAUCUCCACUGUUGACAGGUAAAAACUGUCUGUUGUCUCAGAUACGGAAUUGGCAAGAUAAAGAAAUUAUAACACAUCAUUCAAAGAACUCCCACUCAAAUGUUGAAUUUUACCUCUUUUCUUAAUUUGUUUGAUAGCUGUGUUGAAACUGGGUCGUGAACUUUUCAUUUAUGAUGUUUUUUCAGUAUUUCGGGAGAUGGUUACAAUCAAAUUAUCUGCUCUAUAAUCUAAUUUCGAGUCUUGUGACAAUGCAUUAAAUGAACAUAAGUUUUCUUGUUGGUUCCAUCAUCAAUUGGUCUUUAGCAAAUUCUACAGUCAUUUCUUACUUCAUGAUGGUCUUGUCAAUUGUAUGUGUUAGCUGUAUUGGCACCUAUGGACUGGUCUGACAGUUUUAUGUUCUGUUGAAUACUAAUGAUAUGAUUGCGUAUCAUGAAAUUUACUA